CUUACGAAUGUCAUUUCACUUGUGAGCUGUACUGACUUUAGACGCAGCUCACAAGAGCAGAUCAGUCUUCUGUCAGAGACGUGUGUGUGUGAAGUGUGUUAACAGACGGCUUGUCGUGGAGGAUGAAGCUGCUCCAUGGACUGAUCCUGGCUGCGUCUGUCCUGGUUCUGGCUGCAGGACACAGUGUGGAAUCUGGAUGUCUGGACUAUGAUGUGAAGGACUCCAAUAUGAAGUGCUGCAAGAAGUGUAAACCAGGAAACCGUAUCGUCUCUAGUUGUGGUCAAGAUAUAAACACUUUGUGUACCCCGUGUGAAAAAGACAAGUUUAUCUCUGAUGGAAACUCAUAUCGGUGCAUGAUAUGUGACAAGUGUUCAGGUAAAAACAGGCAGGUGAAGGUGAACUGCACCGCCAGCAGCGAUACAGUUUGUGAGUGUAAAGCGGGAUAUCGAUGUGCUAAUGACAAAUGCUCUAGAUGCAUUGAAGAGUGUGGCAAGGGAUACCAGCCCAGUGCAACAGGCUGUGAGCCAUGUCCUCCUGGGACGUACACUGACAAGAUCCAUCAAUACUGCGUCAACUGGACCAAAUGUACGCAACCAGAUCAUCAAAUAGCUGUGCCUGGAAAUGCAUUCACAGAUGUAAUCUGUGGCCGUAAACCAGACACCAAACCAUCGGUGUCGCCUCCAAGUGACACAGAGAGUGAGGUCACUGUUAUCCUCAUCAUCUUUGGGCUCAUCAGCAUAGCCAUAACUGUUGCUUCAGUCCUCUUCCUGGAGUGGAGACGAGGAAAGGCCACUCAGAAACCCCACAUUGAAAAGGAAACUCAUGCAGCAGGAGAACAGACUCAAAUGGCUCUUCUUGAUGUGCCCAGCUUCUGUUUUCCUCAGCAGGAACACGGCGGUUGCAGUCAGAGUUCGACGGCCUCGCUGGUCUCACAGGAUAUCGGGCCUUUGGAAGCGCAAACUUGUGUUGUGUAGCAAACUGAACAUAAAUGAGCGUUUAUUUGUAGCUAUAAGCAGAUGUAUAAUAUCUAUGUAAUUUAUUUUCUUAAUUCUACUGGAAUCCUGUCAUUAAAACUGCAUUCAUGAUGUUUGUGCCAUUUUGUAGAUGAAGAACAGUAUUUAAGAUUUUGAAUGUAUCAUGUUUUCUUAUUAUGCCCAUGUUCUGAAACAAUACAUUUUGUACUUAGUUUACUGAUGAGAAUCAAACCCCAAAAAAUUGUGCGCGGAUGACUUUUAUUAUAAACGCAAAAAAGAGUGGGGAAAUUAAAAUAUGAAAGUUCAGUUGCCGCCUUGCCAUUUAAGAAAAGGGAUGUUCAUGCUCAAAAUGUGCUCAGGUGACUUUUAUUUUGAAAUCAUGUAACAUGUUAACACAUUAUACAAAAUAAAAAGUCCUCAAAUAUGAGAUGACAAGA